CGUUAGUCCGUCGGUCGAUAGCGUAAACAGUCGGCCCCGUGCUCACGAUUUCCCAGUCAGGGGGGAAAACUGGUGCCGUUGUGUGAGCGCUGAAGGAAUUCGGGUUGUGGAUAUCCUUGCUAUUUUUUGGAGCUGCCGACCGACUGGAGUAGGUCUACGUGCCAAAGUUCGUGAGUGAACGCACGAUUUCGUCAGUUACCGAGUGGGGCUUCUUGGUGACGGUGCGAUUUAUUCUGCUGGGCGCUUUUCGUGCUUCGUGCUAUCGGGUGGAAGUCAUUCACUUUGAAUGGUGGCGAUUUUCCUUUCCACGGAUAUGGGCAUAAGUCACAAAAUACCAAAGAACGCGUGAUUGUGAUUCUGUGAUUUACGAUAGCUGUCGAAUAGCUGCAGAGUGAAACACGUGAGCCAUUUUCGGGCCGAUACUACAUGUGAAAACCCGUGCUCAUUAAGCUCCGACAAAGAAGUGCAAAAAACGAAGGCUACAGCAAUAGAGAAGGUGCGCGUAUCCUCGCUAAGCUGCAUCCUGUUGAACGUUCGAGUGUGUUUGUGUCGAGUGCUAAGUGAAAGUGUCCCUUUGGGGAAAACUAAGUAGGUUGAGCUUCUGUUCUGCAGGUCCUUUUAGCAGACAAUCCUCUGGGUACCGUCUGAAGUGUGGAAACAAUUUAAAAAGGAUAAUUUGUCUUCUGUGAGGAUUCAGCUUCUCAACUCCAGUCGCAGCAAUGACCAGCGUUCAGCUCUACAAAUCGCGCACAUUUGUGCUGGUAUGGCAUCUGAUUGCCAUCGGCCAGUACUACUAUGCGAUCUACUUCGAUAGGUAUUUCGUGAAAAUACCGGAAGACCUGAACAUCCCGAAAAUGAUGCGACCUUCGGAAUACGGUGGAAGAUCCAAGUUUUUGACCUACUGGUGUUUGAUCCUCCAAGCCAUCUACUUCACCGUUUGCCUGAUCAACGAUUUCGUCGGUACCAAUGAAGUGGCCCCACGCAAGACCCCCCUCAUCCGAAAGCUCAAAGACUACAUGCUGGCCGCGUUUGCCUUCCCGGUAGCCCUCAACGUGGGAGUCACCUUCUGGACGCUGAUGGCCAUCGACCGUGAACUGGUCUUCCCCAAAGCACUAGAUGCCGUGUUCCCGGGUUGGCUGAACCAUGUGAUGCACACCAACAUCGUGAUCUUCAUGAUCCUGGAGAUCUGCACCAGCUUCCGGAAGUAUCCAUCGCGCAAGGCCGGCCUGGCCGGACUGAGCAUCUUCAUGGCGUGCUACCUGACGUGGCUGCACAUCAUCCGCCACUACGGCGGAAUCUGGGUCUAUCCGGUGCUGGACGUUCUGAACCUGCCGCAGCGUAUCGUGUUCUUCGUCGUCAGCUUGGGCUUCUCGGUCGGGCUGUAUCUCUUCGGGGAGUUUUUCAACAAUCUGAUCUGGACCAAGGAGUUGAAACAGCUCAAGGCGGCCACCGGUCCCAGUAAGAAGACCAAAUAGAGCGGUUUUUUUUCGCUGAAAACUUUGUGCAAGCGUGUGUAGUUAUUGUUGAUGCAUGGACGCGACUGAAGCAGCGCCUUCACUCUCUCGAUCGAUUGAUUUUUUUUAUUCAUUUUUCGUUAAAUAGAUUUCAAAUAGGGACCUGUUACAUUCAUUUUUCCCCAACAUCGUCUGAGAAACAUUACUGAUUCGUAUUAGUUGUGUAUGAUUUCGCAUGUUUUUGAAACAUUAGAUUAACCCAACAUCUGUGAUUUGUCCAACUAAUAGUUGCAAUAAAUACAAUUAUUAUCUGUA